AUGGCUUCUAACCCACCAGCAGAGUGCUGUAUCAGGGGCUUCAUCCAUGAAGGCACCGCUACAGGAGAGAUACGGAAGAUGGGGGACCUUGAUAUCUACUUUGCUUGUCCCAAGGAAUGUAAUAAGAAGGCUGGCAAGGCGAUCGUCAUCCUCUCAGAUGUGAUGGGCAUUCGCAUCAACAGCCAGCUUCUGGCGGACUAUAUGGCAUCCCAGGGCUACCUUACGGUGAUUCCAGACUUGUUCCAUGGUGACUGUCUCACGCCCGACGCAUUCAAGCCAGGUUCUGGAUUUGAUCUCCAUGCGUGGCUGGCAAAGCAUAAUACUAGUGUCGUGGACCCAGUCAUCGAGUCUACCGUUAAGCUGUUGCGCGAUGAACAUGGUAUUGAGAAAAUCGGGGGUGUGGGAUACUGCUUUGGUGGCAAGUAUGUAUGCCGAUUUUUGAACGGCGGGAAGAUGAAUGUUGGGUUUACCGCACACCCGUCUUUUAUCUCGAAGGAAGAGUUAUCUGCUAUCGAAGGGCCACUAUCCAUCGCCGCAGCGGAAAUUGACGAUAUCCUAACAACCGAAUUGCGCCAUGAAUCUGAAGAGAUUCUAGCAAAGGGAGGCAAGCCAUACCAGAUCACGCUCUAUGGGGGAGUAUCCCAUGGAUUUGCCGUCCGUGGUGACCUCUCUAAGCCGGAUAUCAUGUUUGCAAAGGAGCAAGCGCUGGCUCAGGCGUUGGCUUGGUUUGGUCAAUACCUAUGA